AUGAAUGAAGUACUAGGUGUAGAAAUGAGCAAUGAUCAAUUCCAGAGGGCACAGCAGUCUCUGAAUGCUGAUCAAAAGCAAUUAUUCAUCUCCGUCACAGAGAGCAUUAAGAAACAACUUAACGGUGAUGUUAUACGAGAGAGAAUUUUCGUUACUGGACAAGCAGGCACUGGAAAAACUCUUCUCUUUAAUGUACUGAAAAACCAAGUUAACCGAUGUUAUGCAAAACCGGUUGUGAAAGUUGGUGCUCUUACUGGAGUCGCAGCACGGCUGAUCGGUGGAUCUACACUACACGGUCUGCUAAAACUACCAGUACAAAAAGAUGGAGUAAUUGUUAGCAUGCCAUUUCUGACUGGUAAUUAUCUGAGAGUGAUGCGCCAAUUAUGGCAAAACGUCGAGUUUCUGUUCAUAGAUGAAAUUUCUUUGGUACCGUAUGAAAUGCUUUGCAUGAUCGACUCUCGUUUCCGUCAACUGAAAAACCCGAACGCUUGUUUCGGAGGUAUAAACGUUAUACUCUUUGGUGAUCUAAUGCAGUUACCACCUGUCCGAGGACAUCAAGUAUUUCGACAGCCAGAACACAUGGAACCCGCUACACAUUUGUGGCGGCAAUUCCGUCUGUUUGAACUCAAACAAAACAUGCGUCAACAAGGAGACAAGACAUUUAUAGAUUUCUUCCGAAGAAAGUCAACAGAUACUAAUGGAGAAUUUUCAAUUGAAAAAGCUUUGAGAAUUUAUCCGACAAAUGACCAAGUUGCUAGACAUAAUGAAAAAGUUCUUCAGCAUUUUGAGGAUAAAGGAACUACUAUCUACACAAUUAAAGCACAAGACCAACUCAUUGAUGCUACACGAAAUUUAGGUAAUCAAGACGUAAGCUCUGUGAUACCUAAUGAUAUCAAUAAAACAGGAGGUCUUCCUAAUGAAUUGAAAAUAUUCGUCGGAGCUAAAGUGAUGUUAAGGUCGAACAUUGACGUGUCAAAAGGUUUAGUAAAUGGCAAUAUGGGUUUCAUUACAGAAAUUAUAUGGCCAAAUUUUCGCAGGAACCAAGUAUACGCGGAAGACAUCCCGUCAGUCCGUAUUAAUUUCGGUUCAGAUGGUGAUCACGUAAUUAACCCAAAAUCGAUUCAAUUUCCAGCUAAGUACAGCUAUGGAACUGCUGAGAGACGAAUGCUACCACUAAUCCUAAGUUGGGCAUCGACUGUUCAUAAAAUGCAAGGCUCUACAGUUGAUCAUGCAGUCAUUUAUCUGGGCUCUCGACUGUUUGCUGCUGGGCAAGCGUAUGUAGCACUUAGCCGGUGCAGAUCUUUGGAUGGUAUUCGAAUUGAAGAACUUGAUUGCUCAAAGUUGACAGGUAAGAUGACAUGUAACACUGAAGCAUUAGAUGAAAUAGAACGACUAAGAAAUAACUCAUAA